UUAUAUGUUUUCCUAAAUCGUUAUGCAUUCAUGCAGUGUCUGAAUUCUUAUUGUUGCUAUUUUGUUUAGAAUGUGCUUUUUACAUAUAGAUAGAAUUGGAUUAGUAAUAUUUUCUACAUACGUAUCAAUACCAUCAUCAGCUAGGGAGUCCCAAUUAAUAGAUGCUGCUUCUCGUCUCAGGUUGUCAUAUUACCCACUAGUCGAAUGUCCACAUAACCCACUUGUACUUUCUUGAGUUAGGUUUGGAGCAAUUAAGACAACAAUAGACGGGGCAAUGAAAUCUAAGAUUCUGGUCAAGAAAGGGAUCUCCUACUCCAGAUGUGUAAACAUUACAUGCAGAGGAUACCAGAAAAAGGUCAAUAAGAGAGUGAGAUGUUUUAGCGAAAUGAUCUGUGUGAUGCUAUGUCGUCUAGUUUUUUAUGUGUUGCCGGUUUUAGAUCUCCUGAUAGCUGGGAUAUGACUUUUAACAUAAACAAGAACGCCACCAUAGUUGUCUCCUGGUCUGACCUUUCUGAAAUGUGCAGCAGAAUUAUCAAACAUGAUAGAGUAUUACUCAGUACAAUUACUUAACCAAGUUUAGUAAAAGAGAUGACAUCGAAAUGCUGGAGUUCUCGUAAUAUAUCUCGUUUAUGGAAAAAAAAACUCUGAACAGAUUAAUGUCCGAAAGAUAAGGUCUUCUUAAAACCAUCUGCGAUAUCAAAAGAAGACGACAAAGAAGAUGACGACGACGAAGAAGAAGGUAGACUACCGUUUGAUCAAGGUCCAGGGUUCUCGUGAACAUCGCUCGUUAGAAGAAGAAUCAAAGCCAUUCAGGUUAUCAGCUCAAAAGUUGUAAAGCAUCUUAGACCCUUUAUCUUCAUCUGGAGUCAAACAAAAAGUCAUAUCCUCGCUCUUUAUAAGAUUAAGUCUUCAGAUAUUAAGUAAUACCUGGACUGAAUAUACUGUAGGGUGUGGCAACCCAGGCCAGUGUCUAAAGUGACCUAUACUAGAAAAGGAAAUAAAAUAAUUUAGGAGUAAAGGUUUCCAAAAGAAAGUAAUGAUUAAUAAAAUAUUUAGAUCGCAAGUGCGCAUUUUAUUGUGUUGUAAACUUCACGACAAAAUUGAGUUCUUUAUUUUGAUACUGUGUUGUAAACAAAUUAGUACUAUAUCGCCAAUGUGUAAAAUGGAUUUUGAUUGACAGCGGUGAAACAUAGCGAAUUAUGAUUGGUCAUUAAAUGGAGCAGAAAAAAUAAAAUACGUGUGUAUUUCAUUGGCUUUCACGAUUUACAUGAUGGAAGCGCUUGGAUAGUAUAUUGUUUAUUGCACACGUGUUCAUGAAUGGAAUAGUUUACUAUAGUGUAAUUAUGACUGAAUUGUGACUAGAAAGAAAUGUAUUUGAAAGGUUGUCCCAAGACUGAACAUCCUUGAUCAAAAUUUACAACAAACAAUUAAUUAGCAUAAAAACAACCAACAUAAAUAGACAGAAAAGAAUAAAGAAGAAAAAGAAGUGACCAUAACAGAGGAAGUAAAAGACAUUAAGAACGAUCUAAAUAAGCUUAAAAGAACAAAAGGUAUGGCAGAAGGCGAAGAAGUGUUUACGCCGAACCGAUUCAAUAUACUACAUAGAAGAAUGAGAAUGAAAAGAGAAGGGAAAGGUAUUCUGCCGAAAGAAAUUCUCAAUAUGGGCGAAGAUUCAAUAAAUUUGUACAAGAAAGCGCUACAGGAUGGCAAGGUUUCUGUUUACAAUAUCCGCGUAAUGGUAGUUGGUCAUUAUGGUGUUGGGAAAACAACGUUGACGAAACGUCUCUUUGGGGAGCAAGUUGAUAUUACAGAACGAGCCAUUACAGAGGGUAUAGACGUUCAUGUUAAUAGAUGUAAGAUCUCAGUCAAAGAUGGGACGUGGAUUUCGCAAAAACCUGAUGAAAAUCGCAAGAAGAUUUUGCCUCUGCUGGCAAAGUUAUUUAAAAAGGAUGAUCAAGAAGUGACUCAACCUUCAAAGGAGAUGACCGCUACGCCAGAUAUUGAGGACCCAUUACACGAAUCUACAAAACCUCAGGAACAAAGUUCCCAGACAGGUUCUAGUGUGAAUGUAGAUAAGACUAAGGAACAGAAAACAACUGUUGAAUCAGAAGACAGAACAAAAACAGAAAGAAAUUCUAAAUUUCAACCAGAAUCAGCGGAGAUUAUGGAUUUUCAUCCACAAUCCACCAAUGACAUUGAGAAACCAGUGGUUGGCAGAAAGGAAUCAGUGGUUGAAUCAGAGGAAGAAAAGAAUGCACAGAUUUUGCGUUUGUCUUUGCAGAAAUUGAUAGCUGAAUGUGGACAAGAUGAUAAAGUACAAGGACAAACCGGUGAGCUUUCCAUAUGGGACUUCGCUGGACAAGAAGUGUAUUAUUCAACCCAUCAGGUUUUUCUCUCUCGCCGAGCGAUAUACUUACUUGUGGUUGAUAUGUCCAAAGAUCUUGAUGAUGUUAUAGAAGGAAAAGAUGACUCUAAUAUUGAUUGUAAAGGCGAACCUAAAGACAAAAGUGCAGAUGAAGAGGUUACAGAAUCGGCUGAUCAUAGAGAGCUAGACAAAUUCAAGACUUACAUAAAGAGCGCUUUCCCAAAAUUUGUAGAUUACAUGAAUCCAGUUCCUAUACUUGACUGUUUUGUAAAGAACGAUAUGUUAUUCGGUUAUCGAGAAACAAGGGAUAUUAAGGAUGAAAAAAUUACAUCAGACAUGAAUAGGAAAAUUUUGGAAAAAGUCAGGUCUAAGGGAAAAUGUUGUUACAACAAUUUUAAGAAAUGUCUGAUAAAGACGAAUCAGAAGUGGUUGUUCGAAUUUCUGGAAGGUAUCGAAAAGGGUGAAGACAAACGCGUCUUGGAGAAAAAACUAGAUGAGGCGUUUAAAGGGAAUAAAGGUACAAACCCUGAGUUACAGGAACCAGAAGGAAAACGUCAGCACACGAAAGAAGAAACCAACAGAAAGACGGUAUCUGAUUUUAUAGAUUUCUGGUUGAAUUCCAUUCAUGAGUUUGGUAGCUAUGAAGAUGAGUUUAGUAGCUAUGAAGAUGAUAAAAGACCUCCAGUUAUUUUGGUUGGUACCUUUGCAGAUAAGUUAAAAAAGAGGAAGUCGAAUCCUGAAGAAUAUUUAACCAAUAUGAGAGAAGUCUUGAAUAAGAAGGUAGCAAGCUGCCAUUUGACGCCAAAAGACUUUCCUAUAGACAACAAUGUGGAUGAAGAAUAUAUCCCCGCUCUAAAGAAACAUAUCUUUGAAGUGGCUUCCGGUCAGGAAUCCUGGGGAGAGGAAAUCCCGGCAUCAUGGGUCACUCUAGAGGACAUUCUGAUAGGAAUUAAAGAGCAAAAACUGAAAAAGUUUUUACCCAAAGAUGAGCUAAGAGAACUCAACCGGACAUUACCGGUACCUAUUGGUGACGAGGAACUAGAGUUGUUUCUAAGAUUCCAUCAUGAUAUUGGAAGUUAUUUGUAUUUCAGUGAAGAUGGCUUAAAGGAAAGCAUUAUCCUCGAACCUCAGUGGUUGAUUGAUGCGCUGAAGUGUAUUAUCAACGCAAAUUCAUUUUGCAUCAGACAGGGAAAAGAAAUAAAAGACAAAUGGUCGGAUUUCAAGCGGACAGCUGUCUUAAAGCCCGUAAUAAUUGAUGCUGUCUGGGGAAAUGACGAAAACAAAGAACGAGGAUUCAAAGAAAAUGAGAAGUUGUUACUUUCUUACAUGGAGAAGUUAGGAUUAGUGGCUAAACCGAAAGUGGAGGACAAUUGUUCUGAAAAGGUGCAGAAUUAUAUUGUGCCAUACAUGCUACAAACGACUGUGCCAAAGGAUAGUAUCUCCUACAGUGACGACCGUGACACUCGCAAAUCUACAAGUAUACUCUGCUACACAACGGCUGAAGAGUCAAAUGAAAGAUUUUUGCCACUGCAGAUAUUCAACAAAUUCCUUUGUAUGUGUGUGCAAAAAUGGGAGCUUCAUAAAAAGACAGAACGAACUAAAAAAGAAACGACGGUCAUGAUUUUUUGCGGUGGUGCAGUAUUUAAUCUACAAGACGGCCAUUUGCUGUACAUUUUCUUUCACGAGCAAGUAAUACAGAUUUGGAUAACUCGGACGAGUAAGGAUGGACAUAAGCCAUCUUUUUCGCUGUGUAGCGAUACCAAAACUCAAAUAGAAAAAAUACUGAAUACCAAUUGUAGAAUGCACACCAGGCUUUUACCAUUUGUGAAGUGUUCGAAAGCUGACCUGUAUUCGACUGAAAAGGAAAUUCUGUUUGAACUAGAAGAAAACUCUUCAACAAAGGAAAGUCCAUGCUUUUGCCAAGAAGAUGAAAAUAAUGACCACUUUGUCUUGACAAGCUGUUGGCCGCAUGAGCAAGAGGAUUAAGGCAACUCUUUUGGUAAUAAUACUUUCAUUGACAUAUUCAAGUGUGCACGACAGGACAAAUAUCAUAUUAGAUUCUAAAUGUUCUCCCUGUUUAAAGCAUGAAAAGACAACGAUCUUUUUGAAUAUUACACCCAUCAACAUACACUAGAUAACAAAUCCACUAACUAUGUAUUUGUGAUUGAUAUAAUGUAAUUACAAGUGGAAAUUAAUUCAAAUAAUUCCUUUUUAAGAAUUAAAGUGGCAUAAAAUGAAGUAAUAGCGAUACUUAUUUGACUUGGAGAAAGACAACGAGGGUGGGUUUAAAAUCUUCUUCUUUAUUUUUUUUUUCGUUUUUUUUUAAUUUAUAGAGAUUUUAUCACUGGUACGAAAAUGUCAUGCUGUUUCUUAGAAUAUAUAUAUAUGUUCUGUGUGUUACCUGUAUUAUAAGAAUGAUUUUCAUGAAGUAUUUUAGGCACUGAUGUAUAGUUUUCAGUUUAUUCGAAUGCUUUACCAUAAACUGCUAUUGUUUAUGGUAUUUUUUACAGAUAUAGACGAACAUAACAUGAAAUCUUAAGAACACUUGCUAGAAAUUUCGAUUAUGGUAUUUCAUACAGACAUACAGACAUAGAUUCAAUAUUUCUAUUUAUUGAAUACCAAGUCUUAUGUAUUUUGCCUUGUAAGAUAUAUCUUCAACGCGCUUAAUUACUAUACACUACCAAUAUGCAACAACAUUGUUCUAUUCCCGAUUCAACUUUCUGAUUAGAUCUUAGUGCACUUAAGCACUCCCGUAUUUAGUUUAUAUCAUACAGAUAGCUCAUCAAAUUCAACAAUAUCAUACAUAUAAGCACGUGAUGCGCGCUUGUCAUUAUAUUUAUACUAAACAUAAAUAUCAUUCGCGAAUUUUCUAUAUAAGCAUGUACCUGUAUUUUACCUUCGGCAACACUGCCUCCCACGCCUAUGCCUGUAGCACAAAAUGCUUCUCAUCUGUUUUUCUUUUCUUGCUUGCAUACUAUCUGGGGAUAGUGAAGGUGGACGACUCUUUGGACACCAGCAUACAACUAAAAAACCAUAGCUUGUUGAUUCGGCAUGACAUCGGGUUAUCGGUUUCUGUUCUACUAAGUGGGUAUUUCGUAGUCCCUCGUAAAUCGUCCAUAACCCUUUUUCAUGCCUCAUUAUCGCUUCUUGUCAACUCACUACUAAUUUUCGCAGCCUUUUGCAACAUUCAGUAUAUACGUAUGCUGUAUGAAAUCUAACAUUCGUGUCUCAUGUAAUGAAGCUACUUAUCAGAUUUCCACAUCGGCUCCUGACCACGGCAAAAAAUCUUAGUAUUAUUGCAGGUUUUUGUUUCUUCAUUAUUACAUUUGCCACGUGGAGAUACUUUCUCUUGUUAGUCGCUGGGGACAUAUAUCCAGAUCCGGGGCCAACAACAACAGCUUCAUCUUCUGACACAAGUUCUAGUGAUGAGUCGCUCAUAGAAAUUCUCAAUGUCCCGAAUCAACUAUCGGUAGUCCAUUAGAACGUCCUAAGACUGCACCAUUAGGUUGACCUACUAGCAGCUGAUCUGAGUUCUAUUAAUGCCUUGACCUUUUCUGGAACUUGAUUAAGUUACUCUAUUUCCACUGACGAUAUACUGUUCAUAGGUUUUCACAAACAGUUCGUCAAGACCGUCUUGGUGACAGCCACGGUGGGAUAAUAGGCUAUGUUAAAGAUCAUAUAAAUUUCGUUAGAAUUCAGGACCUUGAGAUUCCAAAUAUGUAGAUUGCAUCUGAUUGGAGCUGAGGGUGUGUAAUAUUUAAAAGGCAUUAAUUGGCAUAUUUUAUCGUCAGGUGUCAACUACCUUACUCUUAUUGAAAAUUCUAUAGGAAUUGCAGUUGAUACAGGAAUCAGAGAUGUUAUCAUUACAGACGAUUUUAAUCUGAACAUACAAGUUGAUGGUAGCUAAAGAAAAACUGAUUCGCUGUGUAAAGAGUUUGGGCUGAAUAAGUGCAUUGAAGAACCAACAAAUUUCACAGGACACUCUUCUACUAUCAUUGAUCUCUUUGCUUCCAACAACUCUUCACUAGUUCUUUUGGGUGUCGUCUUCACUAGUUCUUUUGUGAGUCGGCGACCUUUCCUCCAACAAAAUGUUCGAUAUCAUUGCCCAGCCUAUGGCUUGUUCAAUUUCCGUAAACCUUCUUCACAAAAUCUUCAGCGACACAUUUGGAGAUACAAGGAGGCUAAUUUCGACCUGUUGAGACAGAAAAUACCAAAAGCUGAUUGGAACGGUCUUAGAAACGAAUAUUUAAAUGUAUAUACCUCCAAUGUCACACCUGCUAUUGUUAAUAUCUCUCACCAGUGUAUCCCGAAUAAGAAAAUUUCUAUCAACCCUCAAGAACCACCCUGGAUAAAUAUGGACAUCAUAGGUGAAACACGCCUGCCGAAAGGUAAACUCUUCAAACGCUCACAGGACAGAAUUUCGUGAACUGCGCAAUGGUGUUGUAGGUCUUAUACGUCUUCAUAAAUGUUAAUUCUACGAAUCUCUUGCCUCAAAGCUAAAGUCUAGUAAUCUUUCAUCUCGUGACUGGUGGCGAAUUCUAAAAUCUUUUAUAUUUCCUUCUAUACCCUUAUCAAUACCACCUCUUCUCGACUCAGUCACAGGCGAGUAAGUUCUUGACGACCAGGAAAAGACCAACGAUUUCUUUACUCAACAACCCCAAAUUGAUGAGUCAAACAAUUAACUACGAGUUAUUUCAAUCGAAGAGCCCGAACAGAUUCUAGACUAACUUGUAAUACAUUCCUCUGAAGUUAAUUAUGCUAUUAAGUGUUAAGAGUGCACUAGCAACCGAGUUCUUGUUGAAGCAUGUGAUCAACUUUCUAUCCCUCUUUUCGAUCUCUAUAAUGCCUCAUUGAGCUCAACUACAAUACCAACAAUAUGGAAACUAUCGAAUAUGUGCGCCUAUAGCUUUAUUCUAUAGCCAUUAUCAGUUUUUUUUUACUGCGUCCGUUGAGCAUGUAUUAAUUGUUGUAAUACUUGUAUUUUAAAAAUAUAUUAAGUAUGCUAAUUUUAUUCUGACCACUGAACUGGUAGAUAUCAGUUUAGCCUUUGACACAGACAACAUGAUGGUUGACAUGUUUAGAUUCAUACCAGCUUUGACGUCAUAUUCCAGUCUGAUACAAGUGUUUGUCCAGGGGCAGGAGAAGCAUAGUGCUAUAAUAUAUAUAUACUAUAAAACACUUAAAAAAUUCAUAACAAUGUAUAUUUUAAAUACAAUUAUAAGAUUUAGCUCUUGUAGUCUAAACACAAUAUCUAGUCACAUGCUUUUCCCUUACGAUUUACUUCUAUCACUCGUCUGAUUUCAACUGUAUAGUUACCUGCAAAGGAGAAUUUGAUAAAAUUUAGAGGCAGACAUAGCAAUGCAAUGAUCUGCUUGUAGAAUACAAUAAGUAAUUGAUCAAAUUACAGGACAUUAUACUGGUACUUGUCAUUCAACCCGCCGUUACAUAACUGAAAUACUGUUGAAAACGGCGUUAAAUCCAAAAUCAAAAUCGUCAUUCAAAUGUCUAAUCAGCUUUUAGGAAACAUAUGGAUACAAAAAUACAUUUUAUAUGUGUGUGUACGAUUCCCAGACUCAGGCGUCCUUGAUAAAAAAAUCUUACAAAAAUUACGUUUUUCUUUUACUUUUAAUCUCAAAUUGCCUUCAAAUUGUUUUAUGGCUAUUCACAAAUGUACAAUUAUUUUAUUAAAAACAAUAAAAUUCAUCGAAUUUUUUAUUCCCGUGAAGUGUACGCCUGGGCUCAACCAGUAACAUACACACAAUUGUAAGUUAAAAGUUGUGUUUCGUUUAUAACAAUUUCAUCAGGUUAUUAUAAGGAAUGGCAUGACCGUGAUCCCGAAUUUCGAUAUUUACAUCCUAUGCUUUCUUUAAUAUUUUUUUUAUUUAUGUUGGGUUUAAUGUCGCUCCGACACAAUUAUAGGUCAUAUGGCGACAUUCCAGUUUUUGAUGGUGGAGAAAGACCCCAGAUGUCCCUCCGUGCACAUUUCAUCGCGAACGGGCACCUGGGUAGAACCACCGACCUUCCGUGAGCCUGCUGGAUGACUUCCUCACAUGACGAAUUCAACGCCCCGGGUGAGGCUCGAAUCCACAUCGAUGAGGGGUAAGUGAUUUGAAGUCGGCGACCUUAACCACUCGGCCACAGAGUUCCCUCCUUUCUUUAAACGAUUGAUAUAAGCAAUGCUUUGUAUAAAUAUUUUCUCGAGCCUCGCUUUAAAAUACACUUUACUUUAAACUAAUAAAUCAUAACACAAGGAGCACACGAGCUUAUAACGAUAAAUACUCGUAAAGACUUAGUUUAAAAUAUGAACGAUUGUAUGGCUCUUUUCCUAUACUUGUAACAAAGACACAGCUAACUCAAAUUGAAAAAUAUGUAAGAAAUAGGAAGGAAUUUCAAAUUAAAAUUUCAAGGGAGCAAAUGAAAUGUAAAGGUCAAAACGGAAGAUUCCUGGGUGCUUGCGCGUGUUGUGAGGUAAAACUGUCUUACCACAAAAAUUGUUAAAAAAAGUAUUGGCUCAUUUUGGUGUUGGUGCAUUAUCAGGUCAAGAGCAAUAGGUUACACAAACUACUCAAAAAGGGAAUGAUGCCUAUAUAGUACCAAAAUAAAUAAAAAAAAUAAAACACUUUCAGCACCAUAUCUAACACCUAGUGUAUAACUGAGUCCACACAAAAAUUAAAAGAUGACGACUUUUUGAGUGUGUUUGUUGCUAGCCACCAAAUUCUUUUGACAAGGUCAUUAUUAAGUGGUAAGGGUAUACAGAUUGGUUCUUAGCAAAGGCAAUACAUGCGAAUUCCUUUUGUUCUGGCUAAAAUUUUUAAAAAAUCUUCGAAGUACUAAAGGCACAAAGUUAAACCUAUGGGUUUCAAAAUAAACCGAUUUUCUACUUUGAGAUUGAACAAUUGUUUUUAGAGUUUAACUAAAACAAAUAUAUGUGCCAUCCGUACCGUUUUUGAGUCGGCUAAAGGCUGAAAGCCUUUUGACGAGUCCUUGCUGUUCAGCGAUUCUCUAAAUGGACCGAAUAACACGUGAAGGGAUGUAGUUCCAUUAGAUCUCUCAAACUUCAAACAGUUCACAGCAUGAAUGAAGUUAAGUUGUGUCAAUUCCCUUUGCUAUGACCAAUAUACGAUGUAAUCUGUCAUAUUUAUGACUUGUAAUUGUGCAAUACUCGAAUGUAACUCAUUAAGCAUAAAUGUGCAUUUUAAGAAUUGCGCAGGCUGACAAAGCUUGGGUAACAUCCAGCGAAAGACAAAAAAUAGUUCCACAGGGCUCCAGAUAAGAUGCGUAUUAGCGUAAAUUACGUAUAGAAAUAAUGCAAAUACGCAUGUCUAAUAAUUUCUAAGCGUAUAAAAACGUAUAUAAAAUUACAGAAACGCACACAAUGCUUUUUUAAAAACAAAAUCUGAAUCGUCUGGAUGCGUUAGGUAACAUAGCCGAUCAGCCUUAAUUCUCCCACAUUGAACGUAAACACGCAUCGUAUGAUUUCUAUAAACUUUGCGUGGGUUGAAUUUUGCAGUCAGUAAACGGAUUAAUUAUCGGAAGAAGAAGCUCUUACUGGUUUGUUUAGUUACUACUGAUAUUAAAAAUGAUUUUAAUUCUUAUUUUUCGAGAAAUAAACAAAUCGGCGAAACAUUAAAUUGUAUUUUCUUGUAGUUUUUGAAAUCGAAAGUAGAUCGUCUAUGUUUGGCUGCUUUCACGAAACGAAACAACUUUUUUAUGAAAAGAUUUAAAUAAGAGGUAAUUUAACCGUAAACUUCAAUGUCAGAUACUGCCAAUUGCUGCUAAAUGUCUUCGUAUCAUCUUAAUUUGUAAAAUAUAUUGUUGAAACUGGAGAAAAGUGUAAUCGUAUCCGGAUAUAAUAUUUUGGGUAAAUAUCGAGCUGUGUUAUGAAAUUUUAAGAAAAAAACUAAAAACAAACUGAAACUGGUAGACUAUACUGUCAGUACAUCAAUCAUUAGCCGACUCAGGCCCUUCAGGCCUUUGAUUUCACUAUUCCAGUUUUUCUGAGGCCCCUGCUAAAAUGACAACCCUACUUUAAGCAAGCUCAGAGGAAGCAUACAUACGCACCUUCAAGUCAUUACGUCAUGCUAUCAAGAUCAAGGCUACUCAGUUGAUUUUCUUUCAAGAAAUGAAACUCAAUUCUAGACGCUGAAACUUCAAUUCUAGCAAUUAUUAUUAUUUUAAACUUUAAAUAUCCACUUCAAUCCGUAAAUUGCCUCUUAUUUGUAAAUUUGAUUUGUAAAUUUGACACUGGCCAAUUCGACACUAACAGCUCAAAACUGUUUACUGCCUCCAAGAGCUGUUUGUUACCACAGAAUAUUUUUGUUAAUUAGUAAUUCACUAAAGAAAGAAAGAAAGAAUUGUAUUAAAAAUGAAGUUUGUUUUACACAUUAGAAAAAAAGAUAGAGUAUGUUAAUUAUCUUUAAUUUUAAGUGAUAAUUUAAAUUAAUUUUCUUUAUCGACAAAGAUUUUGUGUGAAUGGAGCGGUUAUGUAAUCCAUUAAUCAGGUAUGCAAUUUGGAAAAUACGUUUUAUAAUUGUGAGAAUUAUAGAAGUGACAAUGACAGUGAGGGAAUUACUGGCUCGAGGGCAAACAGGUCACACUUCUAUUAAUGACUGUAUAACAGGCGCUGUUGUCAUAUACACUGUGUAUUUGUUAGUUCUGUUGUUUCUGUUUAUUCUCAAUUGUGUUUGACAAUAAGAUAUUACUUACGUAAAUUACUGUUGACAAAUUAAAUCUAAUUCAUUAAAUUUGAAUUCAUCAAAAAUUCUAUUGAGUGAAAUAAAAGUACGCAACAGACUCACAUUAAAGUAUGAUCUCUGAAAACGAAAUAGCAGGUUUGUAAGCACUUUUCAAAUUAUAAGUUUUUCCUGCUUUCUAUUAUUUUCUCUUUUUAAAGAUUAUAGUACUAUGUUUCAUGUACAUGUAUGUUACGCUACCUGAUGCACAUGUAUGUUACGCUACCUGUUUUGAUUCGCCUAUUAUAUAUGAUUUUUAUGAUU